CUCGCGGGCUGCGCUGCCGCCGUGGCCGGGAGCGGCUCCUUCCUCCUCCACCUCCUCCGCACGGGGCGCUCGGCAGAGGCGAGGCAGGCGCUGCAUGAACGUUUGUGUCGGGAGUAGCAGAAGCACCAGCAGCCCUCAAAAUGCCGAAGCCGAUCAACGUUCGAGUUGUUACUAUGGAUGCAGAGCUGGAAUUUGCCAUCCAGCCAAACACUACAGGCAAACAGCUGUUUGACCAGGUGGUUAAAACCAUAGGUUUGCGAGAAGUGUGGUACUUUGGUCUUCAGUAUGUGGACAACAAAGGAUUCCAAACUUGGCUGAAGCUUGAUAAAAAGGUUUCUGCUCAAGAAAUCAGAAAGGAGAAUCCUCUCCAGUUCAGAUUCCGUGCCAAGUUCUUCCCAGAGGAUGUGUCCGAAGAGCUGAUUCAGGACAUCACGCAGAAGCUGUUCUUCCUGCAGGUGAAGGAAGGGAUCCUCAGUGAUGAGAUCUACUGUCCUCCUGAAACAGCAGUACUUCUUGGUUCCUAUGCUGUGCAGGCCAAAUUUGGAGAUUACAACAAAGAGGUGCACAAGCCUGGAUACCUCAAUUCAGAGCGUCUUAUCCCCCAAAGGGUGAUGGACCAGCAUAAACUCUCCAGAGAGCAGUGGGAAGAACGGAUCCAGGUGUGGCAUGCUGAGCACAGUGGCAUGCUCAAAGAGAAUGCCAUGCUGGAAUACCUGAAGAUUGCCCAAGACCUGGAGAUGUAUGGAAUCAACUACUUUGAAAUCAAGAAUAAGAAAGGAACUGACCUUUGGUUGGGGGUCGAUGCCUUGGGGCUCAACAUCUAUGAAAAGGACGAUAAACUAACCCCGAAGAUUGGGUUCCCCUGGAGCGAAAUCAGAAACAUCUCUUUCAAUGACAAGAAGUUUGUUAUAAAGCCUAUUGACAAGAAGGCACCAGACUUUGUGUUUUAUGCACCUCGUCUGAGAAUUAACAAGAGGAUCCUGCAGCUCUGCAUGGGCAACCAUGAACUGUACAUGCGGCGCAGGAAGCCUGACACCAUUGAGGUGCAGCAGAUGAAAGCCCAGGCCCGGGAGGAGAAGCACCAGAAACAACUGGAAAGGAAACAACUAGAAGAUGAAAAGAAGAGGAGAGAGACAAUUGAGAGGGAGAAGGAGCAAAUGCUGAGGGAGAAGGAGGAGCUCCUGGUGAGGCUACAAGAGUAUGAAGUGAAGACUCAGAAAGCAGAGAAAGAGCUGUCAGAUCAGAUCCAAAGAGCCAUUCAGCUGGAAGAGGAGAGGAAACGGGCCCAGGAGGAGGCAGAACGCCUGGAAGCUGAACGUUUGGCAGCUCUGCAGGCCAAGGAAGAGCUGGAGAGACAAACUAUGGACCAGAUAAAGAGCCAGGAACAGCUGGCUACAGAGCUUGCAGAGUAUACAGCCAAGAUAGCACUUCUUGAAGAGGCAAGGAAGCGUAAGGAGAGUGAGGUUGAAGAGUGGCAAAUCAGAGCCAGGGAAGCACAGGAGGAUCUGGUAAAGACCAAGGAGGAGUUACACCUGGUAAUGACUGCUCCACCUCCACCCCCACCCCCUGUCUACGAGCCAGUGAAUUACCACGUCCACGACAACCUGCACGAUGAGGGCUCUGAGUACUCUGCCUACAGCGCCGAGUUCUCCAGCGAGGGCAUCAGGAACGACCGCAACGAGGAGAAGCGCAUUACCGAGGCAGAGAAGAACGCACGAGUGCAGAGCCAGCUGAGGGCGCUGACAGAUGAGCUGGCCCAGGCUCGACAUGAGGACAAGAGAACCCAGAACGAUAUCAUCCACUCGGAGAACAUGCGCCAGGGACGGGACAAGUACAAGACGCUGCGGCAGAUCCGGCAAGGCAACACCAAGCAGAGAAUCGACGAGUUUGAGGCAAUGUAAAGAUGCUUGUAAGAAGGAGACAGGACUGUGGGAAAGGCAGAUCUUAAUGCUGUGUUCUUGUUUUGGGGUUUUUGUUGUAUUGUUUUUUUGGUUUGUUUUUUUUUCUCUGAGGAGGGGUCACUGUAUGACACUUAACCAACGUUCUCUAAACCCAGAGGUGUUUGAAUGUCCCUUUUAUUCUGAACCUUCUGUUAAAUUUGGUAUCGUUUAAAACUUAUUGUACCACAGAUCCUGGUGACUUGCUCAUGCCUUUACUUAGUGCCAAAAGGCCUUAUGUCACAUCUCUCUUUAAGCAAGACAAAUUUUAACAGGCUGUGCUUCUAUUUAAAGAUGUGUGUCCUGUGCAGGUGCUGGAUUCAGCCUGGUCUAAAAGAUAAGCAUCUGUGGGUGAAUUUUGUGCCAUACGUCUUUGUAUUAUUAGCUACAGUGUAAAGUGUAACAGAUGAGAAGACAGGUUGUGGAAGUCAGGAUUUUCAAGCACCUGUAUGUGUGUUGUACAUCCACACACAGGUGCUUGUAGAUCCUGUUUUUCCCUUGGUCUUGAUGCCCAUGUUCCCCCUUUCCUGCCCCCCCCCCCCC